CAUAUCACUUUUGUCCCUGAACAAGACACUUUAUCUACACUGAUUUAGUUUACCAAGCCUUAUCAAUGGGUACCAGCAAGUUGCUAGGAGUAACCUGCGGUGGACCAGCGUCCUGCCCAGGGGGGUAUCACACUCUCAUCCGCUUCACGCUACAGAAACUGGGGAUAAGCUCCACUCUUACUGUAUGAGACCUACUGUAGUGACACGAUUUCAUUAAUACAGUCCAAAAAAGAGAAAGAUUUAAAAUGAAGUUGAGUCAAGUGCCGAUUACAUAAUCAAAGGAAGCCAAGUUGGAAUUUUACACUUUGUGCUUUCUGCAACAUCCAUAAAAUUUAGAGUGGACAGAUGUGUAGUGGAGGACGUGCAAGAGUGGAGUGCAUAUGAAGUUUCGAUUAAUUUGAAGGUUUCUCGUACACCAGAUUAGAGAACUUUGCAGUUGAUGUGAGCAUUGAAAUAAUAUUCAAUCCAAUAUCCAAUCAACAAAUGGAAGAGUCCAUCAACCAAAACUGUCCAAUCAGACAAUAGCUAUGAGUGAGCCAAAUUCCUUUAUAUCAAUUCAGUUCCCGUCAACAAGGUAUGAAAUGAAAGUUGCCAAUAAGCAACAGUGCUGGACUAAUUAACAAAAUGGAUUUUAGAAUCGAAAUGACGAAACAGAACGCAGCAAAACAAAACUACGCUCAUGCGAUAUUCGACAAGGACAACCAGGAUCUUCAUGUCAGCGAAUGUUGGACUGCAUUGGAUGAUAUUGUCGAUACUGAAACGUACAAUAGCAGUUGCAUAUACACACCUAAUUGUAUAUCGGACUAUAAUCAAUUAGCUUUUGAGACUUGGCAAGGAGAUUCGAUGACGUUACAAGUUGAUAAUAACAACUUAGAAAGAAAAACGAAACAGAAAGGACAGUUUGUUAGUGCAAGUUCGUCCGCAUCUGCAGUGAGUAUGGAAACUAUUGAUGGCGCUCCUCAGAAAGUAAAGGAGGACAGUCCUUCAAAUCUCCAAACUUUACAUUGUAAAGUAUGCGAAAGAGAGUUCUCGCAAAAAAUCAGCCUGGCAAAUCAUGAACGUUCACAUGGAACGAAGAACCGGCACAUAUGCGGAUUUUGCGGUGAGCGUUUUAAGUAUAAAAUCAACCUUACACGUCACCAAAGAAAACACGCCCGAGAAAUGCAUAUAUGCCGCUAUUGCCAUGUGAAAUUAAGCACUGAUUAUGCACUGGUUCAGCAUGAAAAAGCCCAUAGACUUGCUGCAAAGACGAAAAGCCAAUUAGAAUCUAGGAACAACCUAAAAUUAUAACAGCGCGCCGGUGAUAAAUCAAGUCCUAGUCAAGUCAAGUCAGACCACUGAUUCGAUUUUUAAAAUUUCUAUUUGCCAUUAUAUACCGCCAGUGUCAUUCAUUCGUUCCAGAGAAUGCUGGCUAAAGCCUAGCAUAUUAUAUAAGCAGUCAUUUCUACCCAAAGUUAGCUAUGACAAAACAUAGGCCUAUAAAAGGCGUGACAAAAAUAACACUUGUAUAAACACGUCUAAAUUAUAGCUACUGUAGCCAAAAGGGGUCGGCGCGAAAUUUAUCACUGUUCACACUUAGUUAGGCCUAUAUAUUUUACAUUUUUAUAAAUAGGCAUAUAAUAUAUCUAUUCAUUUAAGCAAAGUACUGAAACUCACACAUAAUAAAAAAAUUAAAGAACAUAAAAUGUAAUACAAGUAUAAUUUAAUUUAGAAAUUAACUUGCCUUUAGAAAGUUCUAGUUUGCAAGAAUGUGUACGUGUGUGCUUACGCGUCGUGAGUGAGCGUCGUUGGCAGAUACCGGUGCAUACCAUAGAUGUGUUAUUAUAUUAUUGUUUAUUUAUUUAUAAGUGUAAUAUUUAUGGGUAUUUCUGUAUUACUUAAGGUGUACUACCUGCUGAAGCCAAGUAGUGGUGAAACUUGUGAUAAUAUACGAAUAAAAAAGUUGUAGUAUCGAAGAAGUAUUGAAGUAUUGAUUUGAUAAAGUACUUAAAACAUUGUUAUACUUUACAAAAAAAUAUACGGUUACCAUUAGUCUUAAA